GCUGGCGGCGGCAGCAGGGAGCUGGGAAGCUGAGAAGCCGGGAGCGCGGGGCUCAGUCGGGGGGCGGCGGCGGCGGCGGCUCCGGGGAUGGCGGCGGCUCCGCUGCUGCUGCUGCUGCUGCUCGUGCCCGUGCCGCUGCUGCCGCUGCUGGCCCAGGGGCCCGGGGGGGCGCUGGGAAACCGGCAUGCGGUGUACUGGAACAGCUCCAACCAGCACCUGCGGCGAGAGGGCUACACCGUGCAGGUGAACGUGAACGACUAUCUGGACAUUUACUGCCCUCACUACAACAGCUCAGGGGUGGGCCCCGGAGCGGGGCCCGGGCCCGGCGGCGGGGCGGAGCAGUAUGUGCUGUACAUGGUGAGCCGGAGCGGCUACCGCACCUGCAACGCCAGCCAAGGCUUCAAGCGCUGGGAAUGCAACCGACCUCACGCCCCCCAUAGCCCCAUCAAGUUCUCGGAAAAGUUCCAGCGCUACAGCGCCUUCUCGCUGGGCUACGAGUUCCACGCUGGUCACGAAUACUACUACAUCUCCACGCCCACCCACAACCUGCACUGGAAGUGUCUGAGGAUGAAGGUGUUCGUCUGCUGCGCCUCCAAAGACUUUGAGGGCGAGAACCGCCAGGUGCCCAAGCUUGAGAAGAGCAUCAGCGGGACCAGCCCCAAGAGGGAACACCUGCCCCUGGCUGUGGGCAUCGCCUUCUUCCUCAUGACACUCUUGGCCUCUUAGCUCUGUCCCCUGCCUUGGUGGGGAGAGAUGGGGCAGGGCUGUGAAGGAGCAAGGAGGAAGCCUGGCUGUGGGGCUUGCACCCCUCCUCCCAUGGCUGGAAGUGGGGUCUGCACCAUACAUUGUGCCCACUCCCUCUGCCCCCUCCCUCCAUGUAGGGCACUGUAGUGGACCAGGCACAGGGACAGUCAAAGGUCACAAGUGGCCUUGUGGCUCUGGUAAUGUUUGGUACCAAACUUGGGGGCCCUAAAGGGCAGUUCUCAGGACGUCCUGCCCCCCCGCCCCCCGGUACCUUUCCCUGACCCCUGGUGCCCUCCCCUUUUGUCCCCCCAGAGAGACAAAAAUGCCCCAGAGAGAACAAGCAAAACAUAAAAGGCACCCCAUCACUCUCCUCCGGGGGCAGAACAUGGGGAGGGGACUAGAUGGGCAAGGGGUAGCACCGCCCGCUGCCCCCUUCCCCUGUUUACAGCAAUAAGCAUGUCCUCCUCCCCCGCUCCCACCUGCAGGAUUGUGGUUUGGAUUGAAUCCAAGUUUACAAGUAGACACCCCUGGGGAGGCAGGCAGUGGACAGGGGUGGCAAGGGGUGGGCAUUGGGGUGCCAGGCAGGCAUGUACAGACUCUAUAUCUCUAUAUAUAAUGUACAGACAGAGACCCUCUCCCUCCUUAACCCCAACCUUUCUUGACUUCCCCUUCCAGCUUCAGACCCCUUUCCCACCAGGCUAGGCCCCCCCAACCCCGGGGGACCCCCUGGCCCCUCUUUUGUCUUCUGUGAAGACAGGACCUAUGCAACGCACAGACACUUUUGGAGACCGUGAGACAACAAUGCCCCUCCCUCCCAGCCCUGAGCCAGGAACCAAAUCCCAGGACCUUGCCCUGCCCACCCUAUGUGGUCCCCACCCAUCCUGGGCCUUUUUCAAGUGCUUUGGCUGUGACUUUCAUACUCUGCUCUUAGUCUAAAAAAAUAAACUGGAGAUAAAAAUAACUGAGUGUGUGUGAUUUUAAGGGGCCAUCACCCUUCUGUUUUCCUGGUUAUACCCCACAGGGCACAAGGCCUGGGUUGGGGAGGGGAUUCUGAGCCAAAGAGUCCACUGAACUGUGCUGUGGCUUAUCUCCUUUGAGAGAGGCAGCUCUGUGGGGAGAGAGCAACAGGAGCUUUAAGUUGGGCCUGGUUGACUUUGAGCAAAUACCUUAACCUCUCUGGGCCUCAGGUAUCCAUCCCAUCAGACAAACUGGGCCAUAACGUAUCUCUCAGGGUUGGUGC